GAGAUAGCGAGAAGCGGCCAUCUUGGAAUUUCAAAAAAAUAAUUUCAUGAAUUUACGAAAAUAUCACCUAAAAUGGCAAAUUAUUGAAUUAAUCAUCACCCCAAACUGUUCCCCUAAAAUAUAACAAAGUAUUAUCGACCAAUCAUGAAGAUUGCUGUUGAAGGUUGCUGUCACGGAGAGCUAGACAAAAUAUAUGAAACCUUAGAAUUUCUUGAAAAGAAAGAAGAUGUGAAAGUGGACCUCAUGCUCUGUUGUGGUGACUUCCAGGCGGUACGGAAUGAGUCCGACCUCCGAUGUAUGGCUGUCCCUCCAAAAUACCAAAAGAUGAACACAUUUUAUAAGUACUAUUCUGGUGAGAAGAAAGCUCCAGUUCUGACCAUAUUUAUUGGAGGGAACCACGAAGCAUCUAACUAUCUACAAGAACUGCCGUAUGGAGGCUGGGUAGCGCCGAAUAUCUAUUAUCUUGGCUAUGCCAAUGUCAUUCAGUACGGUGGCAUUAGAAUCGGGGGUCUCUCAGGAAUUUACAAAGGUCAUGAUUACAACAGAGGUCAUUUCGAGCGCCCCCCAUAUGACAACUCGACCGUCAGAUCAGCUUAUCACAUCCGUAAUGUCGACGUCUUCAGACUGAAGCAUAUCACACACCCUGUGGACAUAAUGAUGUCACAUGACUGGCCACGUGGCAUAUAUAACCAUGGCAACAUGGAAGCACUCCUGCGGAAGAAGUCGUUCUUCCGUGAAGAGAUGGAGAAAGGCAUCCUGGGAAGUCCUCCGGCCGAGGAGGUGCUCAACACGAUUAAACCAAGCUACUGGUUCUCAGCUCAUUUACAUUGUAAAUUUGCUGCUCUCGUUGAACAUAAAGAAGGUGAAGGCAAGGAGUCUAAGACAACUCGGUUUCUAGCUCUCGACAAAUGUCUGCCACAUCGGGAUUUCCUACAGAUCGUUGAGAUUCCACACGACAAGAGCAAACCCCUUCAACUGGAGCUGGACCCUGAGUGGCUGACCAUCCUGAAGUCGACCAAUCAUCUCAUGAGUAUGAACAAGUCCUAUUCAUUCAUGCCAGGCCCUGGCUGUGCGGAGAGAUGGGAUUUCAAGGCUCGAGAUGACGAAAUGGAAACCAUCAAAGAUGAUUUUGGGGGCGAACUGACCGUACCAGAAAACUUCCAGAUGUCAACACCAGCGUACGACCCAAAACAGCCAAGAGGAAACCCACCACCACCAGAGACACGCAUAAACUCGCAGACAGAGUUGAUUUGUGCCAUGUUGGGCCUAACCGACCCGAACGCUGUCUUCCUUGGUAAAGCUAACGAUUAUCAGCUCGCAGAACUUUCAAUGAAUCCAGAUGAAAUCUCAUUGGAUAAUAAUUCAGACGAUGACGACGAUGUUCCCGAUGAAAAUUUAACAUUCAUAAAUUCGACAAUGUUUGAGAAUGAGGACGAUGCAGAUGAUGAUGUCAUUGGCAACAAAUCUGGCUUCCUAAAGGAGAGUUCUCCCAUUCCUGUCACAGACAAUAAACUGCAAGACUCCUCACUAGAGGAUGAUCCAAACAAGAGUGCUGAUUCAGAGUCUUCAGUCUCUUCGUUCAAUCAGUCGGGACUUUUAUUGCCGGAGCCCAAAUUCGGUGAAGCGUCGUCGGAAAGUGAUCAGUCACCAUUACGGACAUCAAUCAAAUCCAUCCACCUCUCCUUACCGCAACCAAAAAACGAUUCUGCGGUUAGCGGUGUGUCCGGUUUGUUAUCUUCAUCGGAUAAUGGCGGACAGACUUCAAGUGGCUUAGAUGAUUCAAAACAUGAAUCAGAUGACUCUGGCGCCCCGCGGCCCAAGAAAUUAAAACGGAGAAACGUGGCUCUUUAUGGUUUGCAGAAUAACGACAGCUGAUUAUAAACUUGACUUUCAGUGACCUUCGUCUUGGCGUUAAGUCAAAUGUUUUGAAACCUGGAGUUUUUGUUCAGGAGGGGACCUAUUGGCUUGGUAUACAAAUGUUGAGCUGACAUUUUUUUAAAGGAAUUGUUGAUUUUGGACAAAGUUUAUUGACAACAUUUUAUAUUUUCUUUGUUUCAACCUCACAACUCAAAGAAGUUGGCCGCCAUGAAAUUAGGUAAAAAUGGAACCCUGCGUAAUGCUCUCCAGAACCGACCAGUCACAGGUGCCUUUCUCCUACUAAUUCAUGUCAAUCGUCGGGUAAAAUCACUGGGCGCUUUAGUUCACCAGUAACUGGCUGAAAGACAUCUGCUGAUACUGGUUAAUGUUGAUGAUAAAAUAGACUCUGAUUAAAAAACGUACCUGGAUGAAACAAAACCACAAAACAAAUUGAAUAUGUUAGACUUGACUUUCAUUACAUUGUGAUCUGUAUACUCUUGUGAAAUGGACUUGACUUCACAAGUGAAUUCCAACACAUGGAAUCAUGUGAAGUAAACUGUUUAAUAUUUAUAUAUAAGGCUAUUUUAUGGAAUACAUUUUGGCUGUGAGAAAUAUUAGAUUUGAUAAUUAAAUUUUAGUAACUUAUCCAAGAUUUUUUGCAAUUUAGCCAUAGUGAAAUAUGUUUUUCGAAAAACUGGUGUGUAUUUGUUAAUGAAUGAUUUCGAAUAAACAAGCAUUACUUGAGAAGUUAUAAAUCAAA